CUCCAAACCACCGUCUCUCUCUCCUUCCUCUUCGUCUUCCUAUUCCUGUUCUCUGCAACUGUCAGCAUCUCUUUCGUGAUUCCGCUACUUAGCGAUCGGUCGAUCCGUCCAUCCGUCCAUCUUUCGCUCGCAUUGUACACAACUCUACGAAUCUUUCUAUCGAUCUAGCUGUUGUACUUUCUGCGUUUUCUUUGGAUUCUGCGAGGCUUAAUUUGGGAAUCUUUGGCUCUGGCCUCUUGGAGCUGAAGAGAUGGGGGCGUUGAAGUUCCUGGUUGUGCCGUUCCUAUUCGUUUUGGCGUUUACUUGUUCGUCAUUUGCCGGGAAGAGUUAUUAUGAUGUGUUGCAAGUUCCGCGGGGGGCGUCCGAGGAGCAAAUCAAGCGCGCCUACCGGAAGCUUGCGCUGAAGUACCAUCCAGACAAAAAUCCAGGGAACGAGGAGGCCAACAAGAGAUUCGCAGAAAUCAAUAAUGCAUAUGAGGUCCUGACGGAUCGAGAGAAGAGAGAAAUCUAUGACAGAUAUGGCGAGGAGGGUCUCAAACAAAGUGCGGCUGGUGGCGGAAGGGGUGGGGGGAGCUUCCAGGACAUAUUUAGCCAAUUCUUUGGUGGUGGGAUGCAAGAGGAGGAAGAAAAGAUUGUGAAAGGGGAUGAUGUGAUUGUGGAAUUGCAUGCAACGUUAGAAGAUCUGUACAUGGGUGGCACAUUAAAAGUUUGGAGAGAAAAAAAUGUGCUGAAGCCAGCCCCUGGCAAGAGAAAAUGUAACUGCAGAAAUGAGGUCUAUCACAAACAAAUUGGCCCUGGAAUGUUCCAGCAGAUCACAGAGCAGGUUUGUGAGAAGUGCCCCAAUGUAAAAUAUGAGCGAGAAGGAUACUUUGUCACUGUCGAUAUUGAAAAGGGAAUGCAAGAUGGACAAGAGAUUGUGUUUUAUGAGGAUGGUGAGCCUAUAAUAGACGGUGAAGUUGGUGAUCUCAAGUUUAGGAUUCAAACUGCACCACAUGAUCGUUUCAGAAGAGAAGGCGAUGACCUGCAUAUGACUGUCACGAUUACGCUGGUUCAAGCUCUCGUUGGCUUCCAGAAGACCAUCAUGCACUUGGAUGAACACCCAGUAGACAUCGGAACAAAGGGAAUAACGAGACCAAAAGAAGUUAGGAGAUUCAAAGGGGAAGGCAUGCCUUUGUAUAUGAGCUCAAAGAAAGGCGACUUGUACAUUACAUUUGAGGUUCUGUUCCCAACUUCGCUCACAGAAGACCAGAAAGCAAAGAUCAAGGCAGUUCUUUCAUAGGUUUUGAGUCGGCGACUGCUCCCACUGUACCAUGUUUGAGGAUGUAGGAAGGUGAGCAGCCAUUAGGACAUCUGUAAAAUGCAAAUUUUGGUGAAGGGAUAAGCUUUCCCAUCUGAAUCUUCUUGGUUUUGCUGAUUAAAAAAAAAAGAAAAACCAAAGUAUUAAUUCAAAAUCUACUCUUGUAAUGAGAAUGUGUAACCUCUCUCCCUCCUUUAGUUAACAAUUUCUUGCCCACUGUGCAAGCAAA